UGUGUGUGUGUGUAAAGAGACGAAGGCAAUAAAUAAAUAGGUGACAUAAACAGACUAAAUAAAUGUCACAUAAAUAAAGAGACGAAUGCAUUAAAUAAAUAGAUAACAAGUGUAAAGCGACAGAGACAGUAAAAAAGGUUGCAUAUAUAAUGAGGAAGGCGGUGCGUUUGACAGUAGUAAUUACCCGGAGCAUGCCGGCGCCCUAAAGGCGGAAGCUUACCUGGGCACAGGUGAUGCCCCCCAGCGCUGCCCUCUGUGCCCGUCGCCAUAGUGACGGGAUUUACCCCCCUCCUGCAGACACUCGCCCGGCUGCUGACUUUCCAUCAUGGCUCCCUCCGUAGACAGGCAGGGAUACUGGGGCCGCCCGACCUCCACGUUGGACUGGUGCGAAGAGAACUACGCCGUGUCUUUCUACAUCGCCGAGUUCUGGAACACCAUGAGCAACCUCAUCAUGAUCGUACCUCCCCUUUACGGCGCCCUGCAAACCCUGAAGGAUGGCUUGGAGACUCGCUACGUCUUCGCCUUCCUGGGCCUCGCAGCUGUGGGUAUCGGCUCCUGGUGCUUCCACAUGACGCUGCAGUACGAGAUGCAGUUACUCGACGAGCUGCCGAUGAUUUACAGCUGCUGCGUCUUCGUCUACUGCCUAUACGAAUGUUUCAAGCAGGAGAACUCUAUAAAUUACAUUCCAAUCGUAGUUUUGGCAGGAUUCAGCAUUGCAGUUACUGUGGUGUACUUGCAGUGGAAAGAGCCGGUGUUUCAUCAGGUCAUGUAUGGAAUACUGGUGGGCUGUUUGGUCCUGCGGUCUGUCUACAUAGUCACAUGGGUGUACCCGUGGCAUAGGUCCCUGUGUUACGCCUCACUGGCCAUCUUCUUCCUGGGCUUCGUCUUCUGGAACGUGGACAACCUGCUGUGUGACACACUGAGGGCGAGCCGCCAGAACCUGCCCCCAUUGAUCGGGGCAGUUACCCAGUUCCAUGCCUGGUGGCACAUCCUGACAGGCCUGGGCUCACACCUGCACAUCCUCCUGAGCCUCCAGACGAGGGCCACAUACCUCAGACGAAGACCCCAAGUGAAGUUCCUGUGCAGCGUGUGGCCCAUGGUGCACACCGAGCCCAGGAGGAGAAGCUGAGCCGUCGAGCCGGGACCUGCCAGCGCUAGCUAGCCGCCGCUCGUAGCGACGCCGACAGACAGCUGGACGCCGGGAGGGCGACGCCCACCUGCACGGUCCCCGGGGCCUUGCCGGCACAGAGGAGCUCAGUUAGGCUGGAGCCCAGCGGGGUCUCCUCUUUCGUGGUUCAUUAACAUUAGAUCUGGUUUAUUUUCCCCCCGUGGUCUAGCUGUGAACAGUGACACUGGUGCAAAUGCACAGGCGCGUACAACCACGUGGGAGAUUUUGUAAGAUAAUAUCGGUUCGAUUCAAUAACAGAAGGAAACUAUGUUUACGGAUUUUGUAUUUUACUUUCAUUGUUGCUGAGUAGUGGAUUUUAGUCUUCCGAUGCAGAUGUCUGGACUGAUUUUUAUUUGGCACCUGCUUGUAUUUACUGAAGAAAUUUUCUGGGCCAAUCUCAGGUAUGCUGGCUGUCAUUUCAUGGUAGUCCCGCCUUCCACACCCCGCACACUAUGUGUAUGGCGUGAUCCUAUCAGAACUCUGCUUCAAGAAACAAAUUGCACAAUGCUGGGAUCUGAACCAAUUGUACUGGCUGGUCACUGAACUGCGGCCUUAGCUGUAAUGAGGCGUGUUUUCAAAUGGGACAGCCUAUAAGUUAAGCCAACACCCUGUAGCUGGUUUCAUGUACGUCACGUCUUUAAAUAAUAUUGUUUACCUUCA